AUGGCGCAAGCUGGUACUCCUCUUACCCAAGAGAACACCUCUCGACUACUCAAGCAUUUCAGUGGUGAAGGGCCCCCCGCCAACGACCGUUGGGCGGCCUUGUGGGAUGCAGGUGACUUCCUGCCCUGGGACCAGGGAAUCCCUAACCCAGCGCUCGUGGACCUGUUUGGCACCCGUCAGGACCUCGUGGGCGUCUCUGCUUUCAUUGAAGACGAGACAGGAGAACGCCGUCGGAAGCGUGCCUUGGUCCCCGGCUGCGGGCGUGGCUACGAUGUCCUUUUCCUGUCCAGCCUGGGUUAUGACGCCUAUGGCCUCGAAGUGUCAAGCAAGGCCGUGGACGAGGCAAGGGCCUGGGCAGACGAGCACCUGGCCGACUAUCCUGUCCGCGCUGAGAGCAGUAGCCGUGGGAAGGCCAGCUUUGUCCUCGGGGACUUUUUCGCAAACGACUGGAUAGUCCAAGCGGAUGGCCAUGACACGUUUGACUUCAUCUACGACUACACAGAAGAACAGUUUUUCUGCGCCCUUAGUCCCGACCUCCGCCCUGCGUGGGCCCAGCGAUACUGGGAGUUGCUUUCCACGCACCCGGAAAGCACGAUUGUCUGCGUCGAGUUCCCCACCACCAAGAAGUCAUCCGCCGGGGGCCCGCCGUAUGCCUCUCCGUCAUCGGUGUAUCUGGCACACCUGGGCUAUCCUGGGCGGGAGAUCAUCUAUGACGUGGAUGGAAGCCCCUCACUUGAGGAAGAAAGUGUUCAGUCCGUCGGAUUCUCCAGAAUCGCUCAUUGGAAAGCAGAACGGUCGCAUGCGAUGGGAAAUGGCACGGAUUGGGUGAGCGUGUGGAAGCGUGGGAUGUAA